AUGAGUGCUUUGUUUCCCGAUGAGAGUAGUAGUUUUUUCUUUGAUAUGCCUUUAUGUGAAACCGAAAAAGGCUCUUCUUCUCCAAUGAGCUUAAUUGAAUCCAUGUUUGCUUCUCAUGAUGAUCCAAUUACUGAUUCUUCUUCUCUAUUCGAUUUGCUUCAACCUCCCCCUUCUCCUCUUCCUCCACCACCACCACCACCACCACCACCACCACCCGAUGUAGCUUUGUUGAUUCCCUCUCCGAUUGCUAAUACUUCUGCUAAUUCCUCCGAAAUCUCUUCAUCGUCAACUGAAGUUGCAGCGAAUAAUGAGCAUCAACAGAUGAUUGAAACAGUAGAGCAACAACUUGAAAAUGAUGAGGACAAGAUCGAUAACCUACAGUUAAAUCCGAAAAAGAGGAAGACAAGGAAGGAAAGAGAGCCCAGAUUUGCGUUCAUGACUAAAAGUGAAAUUGAUCAUUUGGAUGAUGGUUUUAGAUGGAGAAAAUACGGACAAAAAGCUGUGAAAAACAGUCCUUUUCCCAGGAGUUAUUAUCGUUGCACUACUGCAACAUGUGGUGUGAAGAAGAGAGUGGAAAGGUCUUCUGAAGAUCCAUCAAUAGUUGUUACAACUUAUGAAGGUGUUCACACACAUCCAUGCCCCGUUACGCCACGUGGCAGCAUUGGCUUUUUUCCAGAAACCACUGGCUAUAGUGGUGGCUCCAUUGGUGGUCUUGGUGGUGUUGCUAGUAAUUCGUCUUUGUUUUUCCCAGAAUUCAAUUAUCAAGCUCAACAACAACAACAAUCGACCUACUUUCAGACACCAACAUUACCACCUAUAAACAGUUUUACUACUGAUUCGUCAUUGUUUUCAACUACUAAUUCAUCCCAAGAAGGAAUGUUAUCGCCAUCAACUUCAUCGUCUUUGGCUAGAGAUCAUGGGCUUCUGCAGGAUAUGGUGCCAUCCCAAAUGAGGCCAACAGACCCAAAACAAAAUCAGUAG